AUGAAACUGGUAAUUAAGUACUUUUUGCAGAGGCAACAAAACAGAACCAUGAGUCACAGGAAUGGAAGUGGUCCAAAGCUUGAGCUGAAGCUGAACCUAUCACCACCAAGGGUUAACCAUAGAAGAUUGGAGUCGUCACCGAACCGGUCAGCGACGGUGUCGCCGACAUCACCAACAACCUCUUGUGUCUCCACUGAGCUGAACCAAGAGGAAGGAAACAACAACAACAACCACUCAACGAGCCCAGAAGAAGCCACUUCCAUGGUGCUAGUAGGGUGCCCUCGCUGCCUCAUGUAUGUCAUGCUUUCUGAGGAUGAUCCCAAGUGCCCCAAGUGCAAAAGCACUGUUUUACUUGAUUUCCUCCAUGACAACAACAAAAGGAAGAGCUAG